CACGCCGAUAUUAAUGCAGCCUAACAGGAAGAAGUGGGAGUGGCAGAUAUUACAAGAAUGGCAGUCGCCAACGACGAUAAGUCAGCGCCCGCAUUCAUGGGAGUGGGAAAUCAAAUUGCCUGGUCGCGAUGGAGACGUCUCGCCGGAGAGGUUCUUAGAAGGCGAAGCGCGAUAUGAAAUUUUGGAGCGGCUCGGCAAGGGUACUUUCGGUGAGGUAUGCGCAGCUCGAGAUCUGAAACUUCACAUGGAUGUGGCCAUUAAACGCAUCAGCGAUGCUUUUGCCGGUUACACGUGCGCUAAACGAACACUGCGCGAGGUUCGCAUUUUGCGCCUCCUCGAUGCCCAUGAAAAUCUCAUCAAGAUGCGUCGACACUCGCCAACUGAUGUUUAUGUUGUUUUUGAACUCAUGGACACUGACCUCUCUCGGGUGAUCGAGUCCUCCCAGCAUCUUGGGGAUGAACACAUCAAGUUUUUUAUGUACCAACUUUUGAGCGCUGUCCACUUCCUACAUACUGCUGGCAUUGCACACCGUGAUAUCAAGCCUCGAAAUAUGCUUGUAAAUGCUGACUGCACCCUGAAAAUUUGUGACUUCGGACUUGCAAGGCUGUGCACGCCUGAUCUUGUUGUAGACGGUGGUAUGACCGAUUAUGUCGCCACGCGUUGGUAUCGCGCUCCCGAACAUUCGCAGAGGAACGCAAUCGAUCCUCGUGCUUUUGCCUUUGACGACGAUGACGAUGACGGUGGUGGUGACAACGCUGCACGUGAAUACGAAGAUGCGCGUUUGAGCAAGGAGAUCAUUCAGGAGAUUGAAUAUUACCAAGCGGACCCUGUCAUGGACUCGCUCUCUGUUUUCUUUUGCUGUGCUUUGUCCCCUACACGCACCGGCGAAGCAUGCUAAAGAAACAUGGCUUCCUUUCUCAGGGGAUUGUGUCUGCGCAUGACGCCCAGGAUGCUUGUGCGAAUAUGAUGCGUCGGCGGCUUUACCUACAGCCCUGGCGACUAGAGCCUAGUAGCUACGUCGAAGUCCACGUUGGUGCGAAGGGCGGGUGUCGCAGUAUGUGAGUGUGGUCCGAUUAAGAGCGACUGGGGGCUUUCCCCGAAGAAA